UUAACUCGAAAGUUAGACAAUCGACCUUCGAUUUUUGUGAAAGGGAUUUAGGGUUUUCGAUUGGAAAGAAAAAGAACUGUACACUGAUUCACUGUUUUCCGGCGCUUGCUCCGGCGGUCUUUGGCGAACGACAGACCAGAUAGCGUCGCCAUCAUCCCGUGGAUCUCUUGGAGCAAGCUUAGGUCGAUUUGAGCAUGAAUCGACCUGUUUUGAAGUUCGAACCAGCUCUUUGUUUCCAGGCGAGUGACUUUCCGGCAGACCCGUUCAUCCGUCUGUCGUCGUUUCCUCCUUCGGUCUCUCGCCUUCCAAGUGCUCAGACGUGAUACAUAGCAUGUUGUGGUUCCAAUGAGCCCAAGCUCGACCGGAUCCAAGGUCAGAGCCGGCCGGAAUCAGUAAAUCUCCGGCCGCCACUCUGUUGUUCCUGAGGCAUUCUUCCCUUGCCCUCGCGAAGGAGAGACACAGACUUCCACUGAGAUAGAACCCAAGUAGCGGGAGCGCGCCAGCGGGAGGAGGCGGAAGCGUCGGCUGCAAGCCUGCGAAGCGAAAAAUGGCGGCAUCUCUCCAUCUCCUCUGCCCCUCUCCCGGCUCGGCUCAAAGUUUCCCACUCAGUCUCUCUUCCUCUAGAGCAUGCGCUUUUGGAUCGGGAGACAGUAAUGAGUUUACGCGGAGAGCAAAAUCAUGGCCAGGAUUCGUCAGCAAGGGAGGUGGCCUUCGAGUUCGAGCCUCCGUGUCGUCGGUGCCGGACAGGGGGAAUUCGCGGAGGGAUUUCGUGCUUCUAGGGUUGGGGUUCUGCGGAGCGGCUUCGUCUCUUGUUUUCUCUCCCGAUUCAGGUGCGGUUGAAGUUGAACAAGAUGAAGAUGUAUCAAAUGCUUUGCUGCUUGAUGAAAUAAAUUCUUGUUCUUUCUUAUACCCUUUGGAGCUUCCUAGUAAAAAGUUUUCCUUCAAAUGGGUGGAGUCAAGAAAACCGGAGCGUUAUUCAUCCGCUGCACCAUUAUCUGCUGAUGCACGCCAGCGUAUUGUGUCUGAACGUGUUGACAUGAUCCAUAAUUUAGUAAUUUCAGUCUCGAUAGGUCCUCCAAAUUCACUUUUCUUGAAAUCAAACGAUAAAAGAACGUGGAAUGCCAAAGAUGUUGCUGACUCUGUCUUAUCAGACAGAUCAUCCCUGCGUGUAAGUACUGGCCAACGCAUGUCCGAGAGUUCUGUCAUUGAUGCACAUUGUACUGAUGUUGAUGGAGAGCCUUACUGGUAUUAUGAAUAUCUCAUACGAAAAUCUCCAACUAGACCUGACCAAGGAGCCAACUAUAGGCAUUACUUGGCUUCAACGGCUGAACGAGAUGGUUACCUGUACUCAUUGACUGCUUCGACUCCUAGUAAGCAAUGGAAUCUUAUGGGACCUUAUUUGAAGAGAACCGUGGAAUCAUUUCGACUUAUCCCUCCCACAGAGAAUUACGUCCCUCCAUAUAAAGACCCGUGGAGGUUCUGGUAAUGACUUCUCCACUUGCAGUAAUUGUACCAUGUGUCAUGGGGAAAAUUUUGAUUACCUAUUGAACAGUUGGAGUUGAAGGCAUAAUUCAAAUUCAUUUUUUCCGUAUCUA